GCGAAUUUAUUUCUUUCCUAGCUGAAAGGACACAAGUUACAUAUAGUUACUCAUUAUUAUUACCAGCAGUUAGCAAAAAUGGGCGAGGGUGCUCUUUCAACCUGGCACGAGAUUCGGUUCCCGCUCAUAUUGGGCGCUACGUUCUGCUACGUAUACUGGCGCUAUUGCUUCUACCAGCCUCGCGCCACGAUUCCAAAGAAGGGAGGCAGGUCUGCGCGAGAAUCUGGAAGACCGCCGUCGGAUGACGAGGACGACGAGGACGACGACAGCGAGGAUUAUGAUUCAACGACGGAGAAAACUGGCAAAGAGAGUGCCGACGCGAAGAGCAAGAAUCUCGGCAGUCCCAGUGACGAUGCAGCGACUUCUACGGAAGAAACUGGCACACCGGUUUCUUCUGCUCCGACAAAACAGAAAAAGGCACGACAGGUUAAAGUGUUCACGCGGCGUGCGAUGAAGGCCGGCGAUACUAGGCUACUGAACGCAAAGUCCGACAUCCACAUCUUCUACUCAACUCUCACGAGCACGACUGAAAAGUAUGCGUCGCAAUUACACUCGCUUCUAAAGAGCCAUCCUGUUCUUUCGACCCGAAACAUCACAAUUCAAAACAUUGACUAUCUCGACGACCUUGACUCUCACUUCGUAACGCCGGCCCGGUCGCUCGACGAAUCGUUCUACCUAUUCGUCUUACCGUCUUACGAGUCAGAGUCGCCGCUCGAUUACUUUAUCGAAACUUUGAAGGACACAUACAACGACUUCAGAAUUGACUCUCGGCCUUUGCGACGGCUCGGAGGUUACGCGGUGUUUGGUCUCGGAGACAUGAACGGUUGGGACCAUAUGUUUUGCUAUCAGGCUCUGCUCGUUGACAAGUAUCUUGGAAAACUGGGUGCGCCUCGGGCAUUCCCUGUCGGCACCGGAAAUGUCAAAGGCGAUAUUGAGAAAGAGUUCAAGGAGUGGAGCGAUCAUUUGUUUGACACUCUGGCAGAUCCUACGUCUGUGGCCGAGAUCCCGGAUAUCACGAUGUCGGACGACGAGAGCGAGGAAGCUAAUGAUGAAGAAGAGUUUGAUAUUGUGGAUCCGGCAUCUGUGAAGAUCUCGCGAACUACCAAAGCAAAUGACGUUGUGGAUGUCGAGGAUAUGGGUGCAAUCAUUCAAAGCUCAAAAGUGACGAGCACAAAGAAAGAGAUGGUUGGCAAGGAUUCACCAACCUACGCUUCUCUUACAAAGCAAGGCUACACGAUUGUGGGAUCACACUCGGGGGUCAAAAUCUGUCGCUGGACCAAAUCAGCGCUCCGUGGUCGCGGCUCGUGCUACAAGUUUGCGUUCUACGGCAUUAAAUCACAUUUGUGUAUGGAGACCACACCCUCGUUGUCGUGCUCAAACAAGUGCGUCUUUUGCUGGCGUCAUGGAACCAAUCCGGUCGGUACCACCUGGCGUUGGCAGGUCGAUCCCCCAGAGGCGAUCUUGAAAGGCGCGCUCGAAGGCCAUUACAAGAAAAUCAAGCAGAUGCGCGGUGUUCCUGGUGUACAGGCAGCCCGCUUUGCUGAAGCUUUUACUGUCCGCCACUGUGCUCUGAGUCUGGUCGGUGAGCCUAUUUUCUAUCCGCAUAUCAAUGAGUUCGUGGGCAUGCUGCACGAACGGCACAUCUCAAGUUUUUUGGUCUGUAAUGCCCAGCAUCCUGAUCAGCUUGCGCGUAUGAAUCAAGUCACGCAGCUUUAUGUCUCGAUUGACGCUGCCGACAAGGAGUCGCUACGGCGAGUGGAUAAACCUCUGCACAGAGAUUUUUGGGAGCGCUUCAACAAGUGUCUCGAUAUCUUGAAGACAAAGAAAAAUCAGCGUACUGUUUUCAGACUUACGCUCGUGAAGGGGUUUAAUGCAGAAGAGGUUCUGGGGUAUGCGCGACUCGUCGCUCAGGCUUUGCCUUGCUUUGUCGAAGUUAAGGGUGUCACGUACUGCGGUAACUCCGCUCCCAGUGGACCAGGGGCGUCGUUCAGCAAGGGUGCGUCAAAAGACACGCUCACGAUGGCGAAUGUUCCAUUCUACGAGGAAGUUCUAGACUUUGUGAAGCGGCUAAAUGAGGCACUCGCAGAUCAAGGUCUUGAGUACGAUAUAGCUGCUGAGCACGCACACAGUUGCUGUAUCUUGAUUGCCCAGAAGCGGUUCAAGAUCGACGGCGACUGGUACACACAUAUCGCUUACGACCGGUUCUUCGAGCUGCUCGAGAGCGGUGUCGAGUUUGGCCCGAUGGACUACAUUGCCAAGACGCCGGAGUGGGCUCAGUUUGGAUCUGAGCAGGCUGGGUUUAACCCGGAGGACGAGAGGGUGAAGCACAAGAGCGUGGUCAAGCGGGAGAUGAAGUUGAAGGGAAGCCGUAGCUCGAGUGAGGCGAGUUUGCCGGUGAUGAUCGAGGUAUCAUAGGUUGCACAAAAUUGUAUGUA